CUGAGGAAAUCAGAAUAAAUAGUCACACAACCGAGUAAGAUUCUCUCUCAUCAGCACCACCUCUCAGCAUCCAUUCCCAGCUAAACGGAUUCUCCGGAAUAUUUGUUUUUACCUUGUCGACGACACACACACAGCCCAAACAGCGAUGGAUACCUCCGGGAAAGAGAAGGAGGCGAUGCAGCUAAUGGCUGAAGCGGACAAGAAGGUCAAAUCCUCCGGCUCAUUCCUGGGGGGGAUGUUCGGGGGGAGUCACCACAAAGUAGAAGAUGCAUGUGAGAUGUACGCCAGAGCAGCCAACAUGUUCAAGAUGGCCAAGAACUGGACUGCUGCUGGUAAUGCGUUCUGCCAGGGGGCCCGGCUCCACAUGCAGCUGCAGAACAAACUGGACUCAGCCACUAGCUUCGUCGACGCAGGGAACGCUUACAAGAAGGCUGAUCCUCAGGAGGCUAUCAACUGUCUAAAUGCAGCCAUCGAUAUUUACACUGACAUGGGUAGGUUUACUAUUGCUGCCAAACAUCACAUCACCAUCGCAGAGGUGUAUGAGUCUGAGCUGGUAGACAUAGAGAAGGCGAUCGCCCACUAUGAGCAGGCAGCCGAUUAUUAUAAAGGGGAGGAGUCCAACAGUUCUGCUAACAAGUGUCUGCUGAAGGUGGGCCACUACAGUGCUCAGCUGGAGCAGUAUCCAAAAGCCAUUGAGAUCUACGAGCAGGUGGCCACCAAUACCAUGGACAACCCCCUGCUGAAGUAUAAUGCCAAAGAGUACUUCUUUAAAGCCUCCCUCUGUCACUUCAUAGUGGAUGAACUCAACGCAAAGCUGGCCAUAGAGAAGUAUGAGGAGAUGUUUCCUGCUUUCGCAGACUCCAGAGAGUGCAAGCUGCUGAAGAAGUUGCUGGAUGCCCAUGAGGAGCAGAACUGUGAGGCGUUUACUGAAGCUGUUAAAGAGUUUGACUCCAUCUCUCGUCUGGACCAAUGGCUCACCACCAUGCUGCUCCGUAUCAAGAAGACCAUCCAGGGAGAUGCUGGAGAUCUCAAAUAAAGAGAGAUAGAGGGGUGGGUUGGGGGAGGAUACAAGAGGGAGGGAUAGAGAAAAAGAUGGCUAGGUAGAGAGAGGAUGGAGAGAGGAUGGACAGAGAGAGAAGGAGAGGGAGAAAGGGAUGGAGGGAGAGAUAUAGGGUUAGGGCAGUGGUGUGAAGGGAGACAGGUCUCUAUGCGUUUGAUGUGUUCAGUGUAAAUAAGUCCAUGGCUCCUGUAGUCUAUCGUGUCUUACCAUACCUUUCCUCACACUAGCUGUUUCAACUUAAAAUAGGAGUUACCCAGCUGAUGUAAAGUUACAUCAACUUAUCAAGUUGAGUUGACAAAACCAGGGAACAAAUGAUUAGAUACAUUAUAGUAUACAAGUUCAUACAACUUUAUAUUUUAGGUCAGUGGGGUACACUUACACUCAUGUUUUUAAGUUGAAAGCCUUUUACAGUGCAUGUCACACUUAACCUUCCUAACCUCUCCACUGAAUGUCUUCCCUUGUUUGGGCCCUGCAUGUUCAUGUUUUAAAGUGUAGGGCUGUACAGAUAGUGUGUGAAAAGGUGGAGUGUGUGUGUGUGUGUGUGUGUGUGUGUGUGUGUGUGUGUGUGUGUGUGUGUGUGUGUGUGUGUGUGUGUGUGUGUGUGUGUGUGUGUGUGUGUGUGUGUGUGUGUGUGUGUGUGUGUGUGUGUGUGUGUGUGUGUGUGUGUGUGUGUGUGUGUGUGCCACGCACACAAUGUAUCACAUUGAAGCCAAUAUAUCUGUGCCAGUGCUGGUUGCUGUUGUUUUUGUUGUUUUGUGUGUGUGUGUGUGUGUGUGAGAGAGAGAGAGAGAAACAACCAAAGGGACACCCCGUUCUAUUCAUUAUAUUUCUAUGGUCCACUUAGAUAUGUUUUCCACCCCUAGACACCCCGAACCCGAUACACACUUAUGAUCUGAAAGGAUUGGAUAGGUAUAAGCACACACAUAUCCAAUCCUCUCAGAUCUACACAUGUGUUAAGGGUCAGAGGUUACAGGGUUAAGGCCAGAGAUUAUGGGAAGUGUCUGUAAUGUAGUGUGUGUUGCUGUGGUGUGUGUAUUCCUCUCAGCAUGUUGCCAUGGUAAUGAUGUGUGUGUUCAGUGUUGUGUGCAGUCAAACUACAGGUUAUCACACAUAUCUCUAUGUUCAUGAAUUACCACACGUUUGUGCAAAAUAAUUACUAAAAAUAAAACUUCCAACAAACUUG